AUGAGCGGGGUCAAAAAGAAGAAGGCUAGACAUAAAACGCUCCAGAAUCUCAAGGGAGCACUACAAGGGCUUUUACAGGUUCACAAAAAAUCACCGAGUUCCGGUACUCAACCAGUUCUUCAACAACCAGACGUUGUACCAUCACAACGAUCUGCGCCUGUUUCUCUCGGAUUGCAGCACAGCGAUGAGCAGCAACUUCCGCACGCGAACGAAGUGGUGUAUGUGAUGUCCAAGGAGUCACAGCUGAUACCAAAACUAACAGAUGAACAAGUUCUGGAGCGGCACAAACGAGCAGACGAAAACAUGAAGCGCGCCUGGCUGAACUUAAUCGAGAAAUAUGAGUCAAUCGAAGAUCAAGGUGAUGUCGUGGAUCUUACCACAGGCGAGAUUAUAGAAGACAACGGUCAUGUUAGAGGACUUAAUGCUCAUCCAGGCUCUACUGUUAAUGCUAGCGAUUCGAACUACGUGAGCGUACUGAGUGACCUCAUCGAGAUCGACAAUACGGCUACAAACAUAUGGAAGGAUAACGAGAACGAUAACGAGAACGAGAACGAGAAUGAAAAUGACAUUGAGAGUGACUACGUGAGUGAGAUUGAUAGUGAGGCAAGUCCAACCAUUGAUCCACACUAA